CAAUGUGUAGAAGUUUAGAGUGAGUGGGAAAUCACUGUUGUAUUUGUUUUCUGCAGAGAUAAUUAAGAGGGCUCUGUCUGAAUUGGUGUGGAUGUCACCUAUUGCACUUGCACAUGCUCUGCAUUUAAUGAGGUUUUCUGAUAUGGCACAUUGCAAUUUUUCCCCCUACUUUUGUGACCAUUUGAUUCCAUAACUAAUCCAUCAAAAAACUCAUCACUGUUCCAGUUUCCAUAUUUUUAUUUUGAAGGAAGAAGCAACUUUCCCUGUGCUGUUUGUUUCUCUUUCACGGGGUUUGAUUCUCUCUAUUUAAUAUUUAUCCCAUUUUGGCUCAAACAACACAAGGACUGAAUUGCCUUCCCCUUUUGCAUAUAUACUGUCUCUACUGUUGGCUAAAUUGUCCACAGCUGCCUCCCCACAUCUAUAUUCAUCUUGCUGUCAUGUCUGUUUUCCCUGCAGCUUUGCUUCUUCUCAUUUUCUCCUUCACAACCUCUCACCUUUCAUUACAAAUUCACUCAUUGCCUAUAUCCCACCGCAAGCCAAAGUAUCAACUGUCAGUUGGUUUCUAUGCAAAGUCAUGCCCUCAGGUUGAUCAGCUUGUUGCUUCUAUAACCUCACAGCAGUUUAAAGAAGCCCCCAUUUCCGGCCCCGCCACCAUUCGCUUGUUCUUCCAUGACUGCUUCGUCGAUGGGUGUGAUGCUUCGGUGCUGAUUUCUUCAAAGUCUGGAAGCAGAGUAUUAGCAGAGAAGGAUGCAGAGGACAACAAGGAGCUGGCAGUGGAGGCAUUCGACACCAUAAACAGAGCCAAGGCAUUGGUGGAGAGCAAGUGCCCAGGAGUGGUGUCCUGCGCAGACAUCAUCGCAAUUGCCGCUAGAGACUUCGUGCAUUUGGCAGGAGGGCCGUAUUACCAGGUGAAGAAAGGAAGGUGGGAUGGAAAGCUUUCCAUGGCUUCCAGAGUACCAGCCAAUCUGCCUCGAGCAAACGCCACCGUGGACGAGCUUCUUAACCUCUUUAAAUCGAAGGGAUUGACACUGGAAGACAUGGUUAUCCUAGCAGGGGCUCAUACCAUAGGAUUUGCACAUUGCAGGCAUUUCGUGAACCGAUUAUACGACUACAAAGGCACAAGACAGCCUGAUCCUUCAAUUGACCCAAGGCUCCUCAAGGCCCUCAAAAUGUCGUGUCCGCAUUAUGGAGGUAAUACUGACAUUGUAGCACCAUUUGACGUGACAACUCCAUUCAAAUUUGACAAUGCAUAUUAUGGGAAUCUGGAGGCCAAAUUGGGCUUGCUCGCCUCGGAUGAAGCACUGUUUUUGGACGGCAGAACUAAACCUUUGGUUCAGACACUGGCGAAGGAUAAAGCCAAGUUUUUUCAAGCGUUUGGAGUAGCUAUGGACAAAAUGGGAUCCAUUGGCGUGAAGAGGGGUAGAAAACAUGGAGAGAAAAGAAAGAUUUGUAGCCUGCAUUCGGAUUAAUUUUAUAAAAAAAUUGUUGUAUCUAAUGCUUCGAUUCCUACACUUGUAAUUGGCUAUUUGCUUCAUUCGUCGAUUCAAUCUUUCCAUUCUUUUUCCUUCCUGAUUAAUAAGAAUUUUUUGAUUUGGUCCCUCGUUUUCUGUUAAUGGAUUUUAUCAAAUGGUCCGAAUUGGGCCGGCCCCUUUGAUCCAUUUGCAAUCUUUCGUGACAACAACAGUAACAAA